AUGUAUGAAGGCAUCAGCAGAAGCAGUAGCUUCUGUGAGGAAAUGGGUGCUGUUGCUCCACUUGCAAUCGGCACGCGAGGCACUAUGGGGUCGCUGGUUAUGAAGGAGAUUGAGUACUUCACCAAGCUAGAGCUCGAACGCCAUGGCGGCUCUCAGCGGUUAAGUGGAGAUGCUUCCAGGAGAAGCGAUUCGAAGACAAGCUUUUGGCUUUUGUCGUUGAGUUGGAAGUGGAAGAAGAGAAGAACCAACAAUGGGAUUCUCCCCAACAUUUGCUCUGCUGUUGAAUUGUCAAAAAGCAAUCGGUUUAAUGGGAUUCCUGGUUUUGGUUACAGGAUUCUCAAAGACGAUGUCACCCACUUUCCCAUUUGA